AUGCUGCAAUUGAAUAACUCUCAUCACCAGUCCUUUCUUCAAAUGCUUUCUGCUUUGUAUACUGUUUCCUUGUUCCCUUUAAUUCUAUUAUAUAGAUUUCCUGGCUCAUCCAGCAUUCUACAUCUCUUUCCUAUCUUUCUUCUGGCACAUUUUCCCUUGCGGAGGAACUCUCAGCAUAGAUCCCACAAUUACUGGCUAAGAGGACGCAGUCGAACCGCCACAGAAGACAGCAUGGGCUUAGGGCGCCAACGGCCCGUCUCGGGUCAACCUGGAGACGGCACAGGGGACAAUCCAACCCCGUCGGAGAGAGGAGCAGGAAGGAUGACCCAGGAAGUGGGAGAAGAGGGAUCAACCGAACAAGGAAAAGACGUACACGAGGAUAAUGGCUCAGACCGGCACAGGGAUAAGAGGCAGAAGCGAGACAGCAAUGCUCGCCUUGGACCUGGGCCUGUGCGCCAGUCAAGAUUGGGGACAGAGCAGAGAACAUACCUGGAACUUCAAACUGAGCGAAGUGAACCUUCAGCUGGACUGCCAAUGCAUAACCCAGAACUGUAUGAGCAGAUACAGAGAGAUGGAGAGGCAGGGGUAUAUAUCGGCCCAGGAGCUCAUAUCGUAGGUCGAUAUGCGCCACAACGACGGAGUGACCAUACUGCAGGCAGCACCCUGACCCCUGUUGGAGAUGGGAGAGCAGGGGAUGCAGCUGAAACGGUUAUUUCGGCUUCGGCUACAGGAACAUCAAGUGAUGGUGAUGAGCUCCCUGCCAUAAACAAGAAAAGACCUCAUGCGGAAGGGAGCUCGGGGUUAGGGGGUAAUGGCAACGGCAGGCCUGUUGAAGGACAGGAACCCAGGGACGGGACUUCGGGAGAGAAUCGCUCGCACUCGUUUGAUCCCAAAGAAUGGCAGCUUCCUCAAGCUGCAAAUCAACGGAAAACAAGGGAUAUUGGCCCUGAAUUCAGGCAAAGAAUUGUCAUCUCAAGCGAUGACAGCCAUACGAGCGAGUUUGUUCGGAAUGGAGCCAGAAUUAAGGAGCGUGCGCAUCCUCCUUCAUCACCGCAAUUCUCAUCCUCACCGGAUCGGGGCAAGAGGAACCCUCCAAGGGUCACUUACACUGAGUUUUAUCAGGAGAGGCUGGUCAAAGAGCUACGUCGGGAAUUCAAACGCAUGGGCCGAAGGCGGUUGUUUCGCGCCUUUCCUCCCCAAUCGUUCUCGACUCGACGAAUCAGGACUUGGAGUACAUCGAGGAUAAGUGUCUUGGGUAACUUUGGCCGGACUUUGGCUAGCGCCUUGCCGCCUCGCCCGCAGCUGACUAGACCUGGAAGGAGAGUCGAUCUCUUUUGCGAUAUAAAGCAAGAAGAUUCGCCCAUUGAGAGUGACCCAAGACAAUUCCCUCUUCCGUCUAUUGAAGAGGAGCCGGAAAACGAACCUAGCCCUUCGGCAUGGGGGAGAUCGGGACAUCCGCCUUCUGAGCCAGAGCCUGAAAAGCCUCAGGCUAGCACUCGUUCUGAAGCUGCAGCCGAGGAACCGCCAAAGAGGGGGAGAAGACAGGCAGCCGUCGCAGGCAGACAAAAGAUGCUAGAGCGCACUGCAUCACCAGCAAGACGCCCGACUCGCGAACCUGCAGCAAGAAAGACAAGUGUUGCGUCUCCCAGCCAGCCACAAUCAUCUGUCGCAAGAGAAGGUGGAAGAGUAGCAGUCCCCGAAACCAUUCAUGAAGAAGUCGAGGAUACUGAGGAAGAGGAAGCAGAAAGUAGCCGCCAACCAAAGCAAGCUACGAAGGGCAAGGCUAGAGGCAGAGCACCAAACAAGGCUCCAGCAAAGGCUAAAGCAAGCAAAGCACCUCCAAAAAAGCCGGCUUCAAAGCCCAAGCCCCAGCCCAGGAAGAAAGCUGCCCCUAAAUCGAAAGCCGUCAGUAAACCAGCUAAAGGGGGUGCCACCAAAAAGAAGAAAUGA